AUGUCACACGUGUUGAAGCACAACCAGGAUAGCAUGCUAAGCCCGGAGGAAAUUGAAGCUACGGCUGCUACUGUCAUUGUAGCAGGGAGCGAGACAACGGCAACACUCCUGUAUGGCGUGACGAGCUAUUUGCUGAAAAUUCCAGACGUCUUGCAGAUCCUGGUCGAUGAAACUCAGGGCAUUUUUACUGCCAAAGCGGACAUGACGGUCCACCACCUUGCCAGACUGCCCUAUUUGUCCGCGGUCAUCCAAGAAGGGUCUCGAAUAGUCCUGCCCGUGCCUGCUGGCAUGCCUCGUGUUAUACCCAAAGGGGAGGAUAUUGUUUGCGACGAUUGA